GCUCCGGGAGCCCAACGGAGCCAGACGGGCGCCCAGGGCGCUCCCAGCCCGCGGCCGCGUCGGCGAUGCCGGGCUGCCCUGCGCCCGCCCCAGUCCCGGCCCGGGCCCCCGCGGAAAGGGGCUGAGCCGCCCGCCGCCGCCGCCCGGAUGGCGAGCCUAGCCGCGCUCGCCCUCAGCCUGCUCCUGCGUCUGCAGCUGCCGCCGCUGCCCGGCGCCGGGGCACAGAGCGCCGCAGGCGGCUGUUCCUUUGAUGAGCACUACAGCAACUGCGGUUACAGCGUGGCCCUGGGGACCAAUGGGUUCACCUGGGAGCAGAUCAACACGUGGGAGAAACCAAUGCUGGACCCAGCUGUGCCCACAGGGUCCUUCAUGAUGGUGAACAGCUCCGGGAGGGCCUCUGGCCAGAAGGCCCACCUCCUCCUGCCGACCCUGAAGGAGAACGACACGCACUGCAUUGACUUCCACUACUACUUCUCCAGCCGGGACAGGUCCAGCCCGGGGGCCUUGAAUGUCUAUGUGAAGGUGAACGGCGGGCCCCAGGGGAACCCCGUCUGGAACGUGUCCGGCGUCGUCACCGAGGGCUGGGUGAAGGCAGAGCUGGCCAUCAGCACCUUCUGGCCUCAUUUCUACCAGGUGAUAUUUGAAUCCGUCUCUUUGAAAGGUCAUCCUGGCUACAUCGCCGUGGACGAGGUCCGGGUCCUCGCUCAUCCGUGCAGAAAAGCACCUCACUUUCUGCGGCUCCAAAAUGUCGAGGUGAACGUGGGGCAGAACGCCACAUUUCAGUGCAUUGCUGGCGGGAAGUGGUCUCAGCAUGACAAACUGUGGCUCCAGCAAUGGAACGGCAGGGACACGGCCCUCAUGGUCACCCGCGUUGUCAAUCACAGGCGCUUCUCGGCCACAGUCAGCGUGGCCGACACUGCCCAGCGGAGCGUGAGCAAAUACCGCUGCGUGAUCCGCUCCGACGGGGGCUCCGGGGUGUCCAACUACGCGGAGCUGAUUGUGAAAGAGCCUCCCACGCCCAUCGCACCCCCAGAGCUGCUGGCUGUGGGGGCCACGUACCUGUGGAUCAAGCCCAACGCCAACUCCAUCAUCGGGGACGGCCCCAUCAUCCUGAAGGAGGUGGAAUACCGCACCACCACCGGCACCUGGGCUGAGACCCACAUCGUUGACUCUCCCAACUAUAAGCUGUGGCACCUGGACCCCGACGUGGAGUACGAGAUCCGGGUUCUGCUGACGAGGCCAGGAGAGGGGGGCACAGGGCCACCAGGGCCUCCGCUCACCACCAGGACCAAGUGCGCAGACCCCGUGCACGGCCCACAGAACGUAGAGAUCGUGGACAUCCGAGCGCGGCAGCUGACUCUGCAGUGGGAGCCCUUCGGCUACACCGUGACCCGCUGCCACAGCUACAACCUCACGGUGCAGUACCAGUACGUGUUCAACCAGCAGCAGUAUGAGGCGGAGGAGGUCAUUCAGACCUCCUCCCACUACACCCUGCGGGGUCUGCGGCCCUUCAUGACCAUCCGCCUGCGGCUGCUGCUGUCCAACCCCGAGGGCCGGAUGGAGAGCGAGGAGCUGGUGGUGCAGACGGAGGAGGAUGUUCCAGGGGCUGUCCCUCUAGAGUCCAUCCAAGGAGGGCCCUUUGAGGAGAAGAUCUACAUCCAGUGGAAACCUCCCAAUGAGACCAACGGGGUCAUCACGCUUUAUGAGAUCAACUACAAGGCUGUGGGCUCCCUCGACCCGAGCGCCGACCUCUCCAGCCAGAGGGGGAAAGUGUUCAAGCUCCGGAAUGAAACCCACCACCUCUUCGUGGGUCUGUACCCAGGGACCACCUACUCCUUCACCAUCAAGGCGAGCACAGCAAAAGGCUUUGGGCCCCCCGUCAGCACUAGGAUCGCCACCAAAAUUUCAGCUCCCUCGAUGCCCGAGUAUGACACGGACACCCCGCUGAACGAGACGGACACAACCAUCACGGUGAUGCUGAAGCCCGCGCAGUCCAGGGGAGCGCCCGUCAGUGUUUAUCAGCUGGUCGUCAAGGAGGAGAGGCUGCAGAAGUCACGGCGGGCAGCCGACAUCAUCGAGUGCUUUUCGGUGCCUGUGAGCUAUAGGAACGCCUCCAGCCUCGACUCUCUGCACUACUUUGCGGCUGAGCUGAAGCCCGCCAACCUGCCCGUCACUCAGCCCUUCACAGUGGGCGACAACAAGACGUACAAUGGCUACUGGAACCCCCCUCUUUCCCCUCUGAAGAGCUACAGUAUCUACUUCCAAGCACUCAGCAAAGCCAAUGGCGAAACAAAGAUCAACUGUGUCCGCCUGGCUACGAAAGGUGCCUCCACCCAGAAUUCUAAUACUGUGGAGCCAGAGAAGCAGGUGGACAACACUGUGAAGAUGGCUGGAGUGAUCGCUGGCCUCCUCAUGUUCAUCAUCAUCCUUUUGGGUGUGAUGCUCACCAUCAAAAGGAGAAGAAAUGCUUAUUCCUACUCCUAUUACUUGAAGCUGGCCAAGAAGCAGAAGGAGACCCAGAGUGGAGCCCAGAGGGAGAUGGGGCCUGUGGCCUCGACCGACAAACCCUCCACCAAGCUCAGCACCGGCCGCAAUGAUGAAGGGUUCUCCUCUAGCUCUCAGGACGUUAAUGGAUUCACAGAUGGCAGCCGCGGAGAGCUGGCCCAGCCCACGCUCACGAUCCAGACUCACCCCUACCGGGCCUGCGACCCCAUGGAGAUGAGCUACCCUCGGGACCAGUUCCAGCCCGCCAUCCGGGUGGCCGACCUGCUGCAGCACAUCACCCAGAUGAAGAGAGGCCAGGGCUAUGGCUUCAAGGAGGAAUAUGAGGCCUUACCGGAGGGGCAGACAGCUUCAUGGGACACAGCCAAAGAGGAUGAAAAUCGCAAUAAGAAUCGAUACGGAAACAUCAUAUCCUACGACCAUUCCCGGGUGAGGCUGCUGGUGUUGGAUGGGGACCCGCACUCCGACUACAUCAACGCCAACUACAUUGAUGGAUACCAUCGACCUCGGCACUACAUUGCAACUCAAGGUCCAAUGCAGGAGACUGUAAAGGACUUUUGGAGGAUGAUCUGGCAGGAGAACUCAGCCAGCAUCGUCAUGGUCACCAACCUCGUGGAGGUGGGCAGGCACCCAGCGGAACACACUGUGGGAAAUGCCACUGUAGGCCGUGCGGCGUCCCCCGGAAUGGUAAAGUGUGUGCGAUACUGGCCGGAUGACACAGAGGUCUAUGGAGACAUUAAAGUCACCCUGAUUGAAACAGAGCCCCUGGCGGAAUAUGUCAUACGCACCUUCACGGUCCAGAAGAAAGGCUACCAUGAGAUCCGGGAGCUCCGCCUCUUCCACUUCACCAGCUGGCCCGACCACGGCGUCCCCUGCUAUGCCACUGGCCUCCUGGGCUUUGUCCGCCAGGUCAAGUUCCUCAACCCUCCUGAAGCUGGGCCCAUCGUGGUCCACUGCAGUGCUGGAGCCGGGAGAACCGGCUGCUUCAUUGCCAUUGACACCAUGCUCGACAUGGCUGAGAACGAAGGGGUGGUGGACAUCUUCAACUGCGUUCGUGAACUCCGGGCCCAGAGGGUCAACCUGGUGCAGACAGAGGAGCAGUACGUGUUCGUGCACGACGCCAUCCUGGAAGCGUGCCUCUGCGGCAACACCGCCAUCCCCGUGUGUGAGUUCCGCUCUCUCUACUACAACAUCAGCAGGCUGGACCCCCAGACCAACUCCAGCCAAAUCAAGGAUGAGUUUCAGACCCUCAACAUUGUGACACCCCAUGUCCGGCCCGAGGACUGCAGCAUCGGGCUCCUGCCUCGGAACCACGAUAAGAACCGGAGCAUGGAUGUCCUGCCUCUGGACCGCUGCCUGCCCUUCCUCAUCUCGGUGGACGGAGAAUCCAGCAACUACAUCAAUGCAGCGCUGAUGGACAGCCACAAGCAGCCCGCCGCCUUCGUGGUCACGCAGCACCCGCUCCCCAACACCGUGGCGGACUUCUGGAGGCUGGUGUUCGAUUACAACUGCUCCUCCGUGGUGAUGCUGAAUGAGCUGGACACUGCCCAGCUCUGCAUGCAGUACUGGCCUGAGAAGACCUCCGGGUGCUACGGGCCCAUCCAGGUGGAGUUCGUCUCCGCAGACAUCGACGAGGACAUCAUCCACAGGAUAUUCCGCAUCUGCAACAUGGCUCGGCCGCAGGACGGGUACCGUAUAGUCCAGCACCUCCAGUACAUUGGCUGGCCCGCCUACCGGGACACGCCCCCCUCCAAGCGCUCUCUGCUCAAAGUGGUGCGGCGGCUGGAGAAGUGGCAGGAGCAGUACGACGGGCGGGAGGGGCGCACGGUGGUCCACUGCCUAAAUGGGGGAGGCCGCAGCGGCACCUUCUGCGCCAUCUGCAGUGUGUGUGAGAUGAUCCAGCAGCAAAACAUCAUCGACGUGUUCCACAUCGUGAAGACGCUGCGUAACAACAAGUCCAACAUGGUGGAGACGCUGGAACAGUAUAAAUUUGUAUACGAGGUGGCACUGGAAUAUUUAAGCUCCUUUUAGCCUGAUGGGAAGGGGAACCUGCCGGAGUCCCGAGGCCACUGCCCUCAAGCUCCCUUUCCUGUGGUGGCAGCGACUGGGCUCAGGGGCUGAGAGGCAGCGCCCUGCCCAGCACAAGGAGAAGACCGGAGGUCCCAUGUUCCGUGGUGGGCUCCGCACCUUCCCGGGGGUCUCCUGCAGCUGUGGCAGAUGCGGCUCUGAAAGGCCCAGGCUUCCCUGGCACACCCGACCAGCCACAGACACGGAGCCACACACCAGUGUCCCCAUGACAAGGCCCCGGACUUCCUGGCUCCCUGACCUCUUGCUUUUGCUCUUUCCGGUGUGUGUGAACCUCACAGCCAGCAGACCGCACAGGUGCUGGGAGAGGCAAGCUCGGCAGCACCUCCCCGGCCCUGCGUCUCCUUGGGAGUGGAGGGGGUGUACCUCCUCCUCCACGCUGUCAUGGAGACGAUUGGGCUCUUGGGGUCCCUGCUCUACUACCCUCUGCAGUCUCCUUCAACGCCCUCUGGCACCAGACACCUGGACCCUGUGACCUGGGGACGUCCCGAGCGCACAGCGGAGACCCCCAUCCUGUCAUCUAACCUGCAUGGAGCUUGGCCCACUAGCGUUCUGCACCCCUCCCCCAGCCUGGGCCUUGACCUUCUCCCCUCACUGGCCAGCCUGCUGGGUCCACAGCACUCUUGGAUAAAGGUUUUCUUUGCUUGUUUGUGGUCAGUGGGAGGGGGUGGAACCACAGGAAACUUGGCUCCUCCUUGUCUUUGUGCAAAGGGACCGCCGCUCUAGGGCAGGGCUCUUACGGACCCUUGGGUGGCGGCUCCGUUGGGAGGGACGACAGGAUAAGAUUUGAUUAUUUUCCAAAGUAUAUAUUAAAAGAAACUUUCUUUGGGGGAAUGUAAAA